AUGGAGUUGAGCUGCGGCGUUGGGGGCAGCGCAGCGGCACCGCCGGGACCCGGUCCCCCCCCGGCCGCUGCCGCCGCCCCUUCGGUGCCCGUGGAGAGCGAGGAGUACGAGAGCCUGCCCAGCGGCGCCUCGCUCGGCACACACAUGGUGGCCGGGGCGGUGGCGGGCAUCAUGGAGCACACGGUCAUGUACCCGGUGGACUCGGUCAAGACAAGGAUGCAGAGCUUGCAGCCGGACCCCAAAGCCCAGUACAGGAGCGUGUACGAAGCUCUGAAGAAGAUUGUCCUUACAGAGGGUUUCUGGAGGCCUUUACGUGGGAUUAAUGUCACCAUGCUGGGGGCUGGCCCAGCCCACGCAAUGUACUUUGCCUGCUAUGAGAAAAUGAAAAAGUCUCUAAGCGAUACUAUCCAGCACGGAGGAAACAGCCACUUGGCCAAUGGUAUAGCUGGGAGCGUGGCCACGCUGCUCCACGACGCAGUGAUGAACCCUGCUGAAGUGGUGAAGCAGCGAAUGCAGAUGUUCAACUCUCCCUACAAGUCCGUCCUGGCGUGCGUAAGGACAGUGCAGAAGACGGAAGGGUUUGGUGCCUUCUACCGCAGCUACACCACUCAGCUCACCAUGAACGUCCCCUUCCAGGCCAUUCACUUCAUCACCUAUGAAUUCAUGCAGGAGCAGAUCAACCCCCACCGGGACUAUAACCCUCGGUCCCACAUCGUCUCCGGUGCCGUCGCGGGGGCUGUGGCUGCCGCUGCCACCACUCCUUUGGAUGUCUGCAAGACCCUGCUCAACACGCAGGAGAACAUGGCUUUGAGCUCGGUGAACAUCAGCGGACAUCUCUCGGGCAUGAUGAACGCCUUCAAGACUGUCUAUCAGCUGGGGGGCAUUUCAGGGUAUUUCCGAGGGGUGCAGGCACGUGUCAUCUACCAGAUGCCUUCAACGGCCAUUGCCUGGUCCGUGUAUGAGUUCUUCAAGUACUUUCUCACAAAGCACAAGCUGGAAAGAAGAACAUCCUUGUGAAGGAUUUAACCAGCCUCCGUGUCCCCUCUGCGCGUGCCUGCAAGCCAACCAGCUCUGCGUCUCCACUCAGGAACAUUCCAGGUUCCUGGUGGAUUCACAACUGGCAUCCACUUCUCCCUCCCUGGGGAUGGAGGGAUUAAAGUGGUCCUCAACAUGUUUCCCCUCCUUAAACAACAAAGUAGUUUAUAAAGACUUCAUAAUAAUAUAUAUAUUUAAUAACUUUAUUUUGGAGAAGUGAAAUUGCUAACUGAUAUUUUUCUCUGGAUAACUUUGAAGAUAUAGUUUACUCCUCACCAAGCUUAGGUUGUCCAGCCUGGGCUGGGUUGUUUUUUUUUUUACAGCAAAGAAGCAAAAUAUCCUGUCAAAGAACUUACUUUUUAUAUAAAUAUAAGAUAGAUGGAUAAUGUUUAUCCUUUAUUUUUCUAUGUAGGCAUUUGGAUUGUUUUAAAUAUUAUAACAGCUAGAUGCGAAGCUGUUCACAAAGGGCUCAAUUCUUCCCUCCUGUGUAAGGAAGACGCAAAAAACAUUUAUUUUUAUAGCCAGAUUGGCUUUAAUUAUGUACAGCAUUUAAGCCCCCAAACGGUGGCCAAGAUUUUCAUGUGUUGAGGUACUUGGUAGCCCCUUGAGGCUCUCCCAGGUUGGGGGGAAAAAGGAAUGAGGACACCAGUUUGGGAAGGUGUAGGAUGCCAAGAAGGGGCUGGCCAAAAUUCCUGGUGACUUUGUGGAGGAGAGGGAGGGAAACUCAGUUCCAUUUUUUUACAAGGAGACUCUUAAAGAAAAUGUAGAUUUUAAAGAAUAGUAUUUUUGUUGCAACCACUUUCUUUUUUUUUUAAAGGUACAUUUUUAUGGUGUGCGAUCGCUGAACAGCCUUCAUCCUCCCUUAAUUUAUUCUUUUUCACUAAGGCUCCGAUCCCGCUCGCGGGAGUGACCGCGCGCAUCUCGAAAGCUGGUGGGGUCACCGAUAGGGAGGACCAGAGCUUCUGUUUACACUUUGGCUACCGAGUCGCAAGGGUCGCAUCCUGACGGCACCAAACCAGCCUAAGGAAAGCCUGACCUGCAUAACCAAAGCCGCUUCCCAGAUCAUUUUUGACGAGCCGCUGCUCGUGGCUGUUGGGGGAGGAAAAAAAAAACCCCAACCUACAGAGGUUCCUCGUGCCGUGGGUUUGGUUUUGCUGCUGCGGGAUGCUGAGCUUUGUGGUGGCCUGCAACGCUGUGCCUGCUCAGGAAGGAUGGCAGCCGUGCUGCGUGUCCUGCUCCUCUUGGGAUGGCUCUUCCAAACCAAAAUACAUCCUUUAUUGGGUUACUUGGGUGAUCAGCAGCCAACGAGGAGGGGAUUUUAGGGCCCUGGAUGUGUAAAUACAAGUUAUGGGACACCAACUGGCAGCUCUCCAUCCUCUCUGGAGUUUGUCCGGCCAGGAGCAACUGAUGCCUGGAGCUGGCACCAUCUCCUUACUGCUGGGACAACUUGUGGAGAUGUGCCUUCAGCUUGUUGGCAGCAUUGGGGUGUCCGUGGGACAGCUGCAACGUGAGCUUUUGAGUUGGCACACGUCCCCUGGAGGUGUCCCAUCAGCCAAGCACGUUACGUAGGAUGACACUAAGCAGAGCCAAUCCUUUUGCUCCGUUAGUUGGAGAAAGGAAAUCAAAGAGCACCUCUUUGGGUGGUGGUGUUGCAUGUGCCUUGUGGAAAUUGUACCACUGAUAAGAGCGAAAUGAGCCUCUUUGAUGCAUUUUUGUCACUUCAACGGAUUGAAUCACUGUGUCAAAUGCACCCUGUGUCUUAAAAGAGCCCAAAUUAUAAGCUCAAGGCCACUGGUCCGGGUGGUACAGGUGGAGAAAAGCCUUUAGUGGCCUCUGAGAUCCUUGAGGCUGGAGGUCUCGGAGCUGUUUGAGCCUUGGAUGUCUUUUUCCUCUUGACUUUAGAAACUGGAGAAUCACUAAUGGGAACCGGAACCGCACAAAAUGUUUCCCUUGGGAACGGGCAUAGACACUUAGAUGAAAAUUUUGAGUUAUUUUACUCCUAAGAGAGGCAGUGUGGGAGGUGACAGCUUUCAGUGUGACUUCGGUAGCUGGGAAGUCACGCUUGGCAAGCGAUCCCCAGUGCAUUGUCCUCUUCCUGUGGUCUCUUGGCUUUAGCGUUUCUGACUUGGCUCUUCUGGGAGAAGUUCAUCUCCCAUUUGGAGUAACCUGUGAGUAGCUGGGGCAUGAAGGAUGGACUUGCCCAGGGGUCAGAGCUGCUUUGGGGAGGUGGUUGUGGUUUUGACCAGCUGUGCUUCAUCUUUGGAGGGGGUCAUAGCAUCCCAGUUUGGUUGCUAGCCAGAAGAAUGUGUCUUGAGUGUUGAACGCACAAAUAAUUCUCCCCCAGGGUUUCUUGCUCUGCCUCGAGCUGAGAGUGGCUGAGGAGCACUUAUACGUUUGUAGAGCUCUGUAUGGAUUACCCCAGGUAUCCGAUUAAACCGAGCUUUCCCGUUCUGCAGCUGGGAAUGCGCCCCCUUGCUCUAAUAAUUGCGGAGGUCUCAUGUCUUUAAGAUGUUGUGUUGGAUCCUCAGGCAAAAGCCCCUUCACCAAAGCUCCUCAUCUCUCCUAGCUUUGCAUUUAAAAGUUUUGCUGCGAGGCUGAAGUUUUUAUUUUAACCUGGGAUGUGAAACGUGUACUGCUGCUUUGUCUGCAUCGAACGCACAUUUAUUUAAGGGGAGGAUGUUGUCCGCAGUUCUUUAUUUUGUUUUGCCUGCCUUGGGAUUAUGUAUUUCCUUUAAUGUGUAUUUAACAACGCAGGAGUUGGUUUGUGAAAUGCUGCUACAGUUGUAUCACUGGAGCUCAAGGAAAUAAAAUAUGCUGAUUUUUGUCCUUUUAGGCUCCUGCUUGUGGCUUUCCUUAGUGUGGUUGGGCAGCGAGCUCCAUCCGGCUGGGGCUGAGCAGCAGGAGGGUGGCGAUGACUGCGUGGCAGCAGCCAGGCAGGCUGAUCCCUGAUGGAAUGGUGCCUUCUAGCGUUGCCUGAACACUUGGCAGACCCAGCACCUCGCCAUCUGAGUCAGAUAAAGCUCUUCGUCAUCGCGCUGGAGGAAGAAAAACUCUUCUGGGAGGGGUUUUGCAGCCUGGCAGGAGCUGAUAUCUCAAUUAUGGGCUUGUGCUCCUCUAGGAGCCGCUGAAGAGUUUCGAAAGGUGCUCCUCUUGGCAAGGAGGCUGCUGAGAUAUGUAAAGCAAACCCACACACUCUGGCUUGUUCGGCAGCAAAGCAAAUUCCCAACUGGGAGCAUCUUCCCACCUGGAAGAAAGUGCAUGGGGUGAAAGCCCUCGGGGAGCUGCUCGGUUUUGCUGAGGUUUGGGUAAUAGAUGCAUAAUUUGAAGGGGGGGAAAAAAAAAGCCCAGAAGAUAUUAAACUGCUUUAGAUCUCGCCUUGCCCUUCAGUAAAAAGGAAAACAUGAGUUAAUUGGUACGGUUUCUGCACAGCACUGCAGCUAAGGGAGGAAUCAUAGAAUAGUUUGGGUCGGAAGGGACUUUAAAGCUCAUCCUGUGCCCAUGGGCAGGGACACCUCCCACUGGAUCAGAUUGCUCCAAGCCCCUUCCAGUGCUAUAGGAGGAAUAAAUUUGAGCCUAUUUUCGGUGCAGCAAUGAAGAGAUGUGCCUAAAAUCCUAAAUAUGAACUUUAGUUGGGAUGCAGCCAGGUAGCAGUUCUGCCUCAACCGCUCCUGGGCUGGCGAAGGGCAGCUCGCCUGGGAAUAAUAAUGAUAAUUACAGGGUUUAGCAGCAAAUGCCUACCUGGGAGUCAAGGCUGGCUGCGGAGAGAAACAGCAACGAGGUGUCCUUGGUCCAUCCCAAAGGAAAAGAGCUUUUCUUUCCUCCCCUAUUCUGCCCUUUCUCUUUUCCUUGUUUAUUGACUGGCAGUGAAAAAUCAAGAAGGUGCAACGGCGCUGGGGUGGGGAGCGGAGCGCCGCGCUUGGCUGCUGAGAGAAGAUGAGAAGGUAAAGUGCUAUUUCUGCUCAGC